AUGAGUUUGAUGGAGAGAGAGGGGGAGGAAAGCAUCAUAGAGAAAAAGAAGAAGAAAAAGGAGCUGGAGAUGGAGAACACCAACAGACUGAUGGAAGCAGAGACAGAUGAAAAAGAGAUGAUCUCUGCAGAGAAGAGAAAAAAGAGAGAUGAGCAAAAGAUAGAAGAGAUAGAGGCAGACAAUGUACUGAUGGAGACAGAGAUGGAGGGCAGUAUCAUAGAGGAGAAAAAGAAAAGAAAGAUGAGACCAGAGACUGAGACAAUCGAUGAACUGAUGGAGACAGAUGUGGAGGGCAGGAUCAUAGAGGAGAAAAAGAAAAGAAAGCGACUGAGAGAGCAAGAGGUGGAGAGAGAGAGGGAGGAAAGUGAAGUGGACACAGAGAGUGAGGGGAAGGAAACAAAAGAAGAGACUUUUGAAACAACUCAGAAAGAGCUGGAUCUGACAAAAGAUCAGGAAAAGACAAACACUGGCAGCUUUGGAGACAAGAAGAAAGAGAAACUAAAGGCUAAAAAAGUGACCUUUAGUGAUCCUCCAGUGACGUUUCCAUACAGUGAGAAACUGAAGUCACUGCUUAAACAGGACUCAGAAAUUGAGCAGUGCAGGACUGAUGAAACGUCUGAGCAGAAGAACCUGAAACAACCCAAAGAUGCAAAGUUUCCUCCUCCAAAGUUUAUUUCCAAAACCAAAAAAAUGAUUCAACGAGAUUCUUAUGAGGAGUUUGAUAGAGAACUUGAGGAGCUGCUGAAGAUGGAUUAG